AUGCGUCUGAAAGCCCUCACUCUAUUCUGCGACAUGCAUCUCCACGCCACAGGCCCACCCGAAGAUCAGAUUCUCCUUCACAUUUUAACAUCCACAAUAGAUGACCGCUACCUCUUCCACAUCCGCAAGCGCUGUAGCUGGCCGCGUAUAACACGCCUUCAGCAUAUAUGCCUUCUUAAUGCGCUCUCCUACUUCCCUUCCUCCUCAAACUCAAACCCAUUGUCAUCCCCAUACACUCUUCCCCUCCGCUCUAAAUCUAGGCCCCAAAGUACCAUAAGCGACAUAUUAUCCGAGCAUGCAGCAGUCGUCCUCUUCUUUUGCUGGUCCUGGGCCGACAAUGUCCUGCGCUUGGCGCUGACUGAAUUAGACCCUGAAUGGGUUACUGAAUGCCACGACAGGGAUUUUAAUGCCGCGCUAGACGUCUUUCAAUCAACGUUGGUAGAAGAUCAGAAGGCUUUAAGGGAAUGUGUAGAGCGCAUGAUUGAGGAGACGCUAGACGAGAACACCGACAGUGAGGGUGAAGGUGAUGACGAGGUUCCUGUGGAUGCGGAAGCUAAGAAGGCAAAAGAAGAGCAAGAUAAAGAGCAGACUAAAGAUUUAGCCAAGAUUACAACAACUAAAAUCAUAGAAGCUAAGGAAUUUUAG